AUGAAAGCAUUUGGCAACACCAUUGUGAAAUGGACGCAUUUUUUUGUUCCAGCCUAUUGCCAUGCUGAUUGUAUUCGCCUCUUCGUAAGACAGAGCCUGCUGGUGGAUGAAGGUCUGGGUUUGACAGUGUGGUGGCCACUGAUAUCCAAUUGCUCCGUAAAUUGGGCCUGUGCUGGCAAAGGCAGAGGCGAAGGCGGAGGCAGCGUCGCUGCAUGUCGUGUUAACUGUAAAGUAUGGUGUAGCUGCUACUACCACUUGCUUUCGGAGGAUGUGGGCGAAGGUGGCGCUAACAAAAAUGUGGUUGUCGUGCACUCCAUAGUGGACGGUGCUGGUGAUUGGGGGCUGGUGGAGGUGUACAGCGACCCAGGUUUCAAUAUCGCCUCGAUUGCAGAAAAUUUGACUGAAUAUGAUGGCUGUGGAACUGCUGGCAGAUGUCCCGGCGCUGUUAACAAGUACAUGCGUAUAUGCUUCAAAGUCAGACAGGCUAGGGCCUGCGCUGUGACCUGGGGUGGCCAGGUGUUGGGUGCAGUGAUUGGGAAAGUACUGGCUGUUGAUGACGGGAUAGCUGUCAGCGUUGGUGCCGGUGCCGGUGCCGGUGCCGAUGUCGAUGUCGAUGUCGAUAAGCUCACCAAUGCUGAUGACGUUUCCGGUGGGGAUGACAGUAGAUUCGAGUAUUCUCUCAAUAUAGCUGUGGGAACAAACUCAAUCAGGGAAGACAGCACCAAAAACAGCACCGAAGAUGGCUUGGUGGCUGUCUCCGAAGAUGAUACUGGCGCUGCUGUUGUUUGCGUCUCAGUAGAAAAAGUACUCGCCGAUCCAGAAGACUGCACAGAUGAUGACGCUAGCUGGCUAGUCUGUGUCUGUGUGGAAUUGCUAAAAUCCGUGGUCUUUGAAGUGGGAAAAAAGAUGUGCCUACUUCUGCGGUGCCUGUCAAUGACACAUCGGCCUCACUUGCUAAAUCCGAAUCAUCCUCCAGUCUAGAAGCUGAACUUCGGUAAGUGGGAACUCGAUUCCAGCCAACUCGAUGUUUUGCACAGAAUCAUCUAGCUGAUCGGCAGCGUUGCUACCGCGGCAAAUUCUGACGGCUCUUCAAGGAUGGAGUCUAUGUUUGUUGGAGGGGGCCGCUUGAAAGCGUUGCGCACAAUCUG